GUUCCAGCAGUCAGUCAAGGAGAUGGGGGCGGGGUCUCGCAAUGUCAAUCUAAAACUGAAAUUAGAGGCUUCAUUUCAUGCCUGAUCGAAACCAACUACUGAAAAUAAAUGUAGCCAUUUAUUUUUUAUUUUGGAUUACGUCUUUACUGUUAUAAUGUAUGUCAAGAUAAUGUGUGUGUUUUUAUGUCAUUCUUUCUGUUAUUUUACAUAAUGAAAUCUGAUUUUACGUAAGGCACUGCUACGGACCGUAGGUUUGUGAGGUCCUUGCUCGAAAGCCCCCGCGGAGGAGAAGUAAACAGAAAUGUUCAUAAAUAAUCAUUAGCUAGCAUUGGCUCUAUUAAUUUGCUUCUUUUUUUUUUACAGUGAUCACUACACCAUGGCAGAUGGUGGCGAGUUGGAUAACUAUAUUAUAAUCUAUCCUACUGCCAGUAUGAUUUUUUCUUGCUUGAUGUGAAUUUUAUCGGUGUUUUAAAAGGCAAUCUAGCUACUAUAGCUAGCUAUGUCAAGGGGAUUUAUUAUGCUAUUUAAAUUGUAGUUAAUUGUUUUCCAGCAGCUAGGUCGAUUGCUAUUCAUGUUAUGCUUGUAAAUGAUUAGCUAGUUAUGUUGUACUGUUAUUCAAUCAAUUGUAGCAUUAAUAGCUAAAUCUCACUUAGCGACUGAAUUGUUGUUGAGAGAUUCAGCAAGGUAAUGAUACACCAAACUAGUAGGGUGUUAUUUUUGGGUCGCAGCUGCUGGAAAUUCAAAGUUUGGGGGAGGAUAGAGUGUGUGAGAGAUACAGUGAGAAUAGAGAUUGAUGUGUGUGUGCACCAUUGAUAGUAAAAUAAUGUGCGUGCAUGAGAGAUCCUGUGCGCACUUGUCUGUGGUCAAAGGGCAGCUAUAACAGUUUCUCCCACUGAGACAAGAUACUACUGAGUGAGCAGGUCAACCCAGGACACAUGAGACGUGCAUUGGAUGAGCUGUUGAAGGAGACCAAUAGGGCUGGGUGCAAGCAGAAACCAUGGGUCCAGCAGGCUGGAUGAAGUAUCCGCUGCGCAGCAUUAACAAGCGUUUCCUGCUCAACACCAUUCCACAGCGCCGCCCUGCUGACCACUCAGGAGAACAGACAUCAAAUAGUAGGGGGCAGGACACCACCCAGAGACAAUUGGGAAUACAAAGACCACAGGGGACACAGGGACAAAGACAAUCAUAGAGACAGCUGAGAACUUUGUCUCUUUUGUGUCCAUCUUUAAGACUAAGAUAGCAACACAGGCCAAGACAGCUACAAAGACAGAAGGGACAAUGACAAUGACAGAGGCAGCCAUAGAGACAAGAAACACUGACAUAAAGAGCCUCUGGUCACAAAAGAGACUUUGUCCCCAAAACACACAGUCCCCAUGAAGGACACUCCCCUUCUUCUAGACCAGGGUUUCCAACCUUGGUCCUGGACCCCCCUGGGCGAAUGUUGUUUUUUUCCCCAGCUGUUUCAAAUAACCAACUCAUCAUCAAGCUUUGAUUAUUUGAAUCAGCUGUCUAGUGUUAUGGCAAAAACCAAAACGUGCACCCAGGAGAGGCUUUAGGACUGAGUUUGGGAAACCCUGUUGUAGAGACCGCUCUCUCCACUGACAGUAGCUCCUCCUCCUCAGUCCACUCCAGGGCAAGCUCUCACUCCAUAGGCCACACCUUCUAUCAAUCAAACCAGUGCAGCAGACCACGCUCACCUGUCAAGGACACGCCCAGUGGAAGGAGCCAUGUGUGACAUAACCUUGGAGGGAGUGCUGUAACGUUACCCAGAGGAGGUCCCCCCCCCUCAAAUACAUAAAUAUACCCAUUGAAUGACUGGAAAGAGAGUGUGUUUGUUUUAGAAUGUGAGAAAGACUGUGGUUGCUGUUGUAAGGUUGUGACAAGUAUAACUAAUUAAAUUGUCUUUGUUUCUUCUGAUCUUUUAACUAGGAGUGUCUUUCCUAUUUCUAUUCCCUAUUUUGACAAACACUUUACCCUGUCUUGCAUUCAGCUCUGUUAAUUCAUUGUGAAUCUCUGGUACAAUCUGUAAACUGACAUUAGUGACAGUAUUAGAGUCUAGUCCUGAGUGCAAGUUGCUGGUAAAACCUUUUGAGAUAAUCAAUCCAGAUUGAGUAACUGAGUUCAGGUUACCGAAGUCAUACCUGCAUAGUCUACAGGGGUACCCAGGGUAGACUGGCUGAGGUUUGGUGUUUUCCAUUUUCCACAGAUGUAAUGUGCCUUAUAAUCCAGCAGGAGACCGUGAUAUCUGCACUUACAAUACCUAGGGCCUUUGACCUUUUUUUUUGCUUUUAUGUCCCUUGCACUAUGUAUAGGGAUACCAGUUUUCUCCCAACAGAGUGAACUGAUUUGGGUCUUGUCAUAGGUUAUAACCAUAGGGCUCAGGGAAGUUUGUCUGGUCAGGUCGUUAACCUACCUUGCGUUCAAAUUUCUCUUCUCAUGUUAAUGGUUUUUAACUAAAAUAUAGUCUACACAAUUAGUCCCACAAAAUGCAAUAAAGUAUAAAAUCCCAUAAUGUAGAAGGAGAUUUUUUGUAUAACCCUUUCGAUUGGACAUUAACUUGAUUUGCCGUUUUAAUUUCACUGUCUCGCAUAGUUUGAUUAAUGGUGCUGUAAUUUCUUCACUCAGAAUAGAUUUGAUUUUAAUGUCGUUUGAAUUGUUCUGUCGUUCCUCACAGUUGGUCGUGUUUACAUAAGGCUGUCGCCACUGGGUAAGCACUUUUUAUCGUGUCUUCUUGAUAUGUAUAUACCCGCUUUGUCAGAAACGUCAGUUUCUUAAAUAAAUCAUAUCUGCUGUUUCCGUGACACGCCUCGGGUUCUGUAAAACCAGUUUUUUUUCUUGAAUCCAUUAUCCAAAUAUGUUAAUUCAAUAAUUAGCCGUUGAUAGUAAUAGGCUAAUAACAGUAAUACAUUGUAUUAUUCGAUCGUUAUUUUACCAGGCAAGUCAGUUAAGAACAAAUGGUCGUGUUUACAAUGACGGCUUACACCGGCCGAUCCUGGACGACGCUGGGCCAAUUGUGCGCCGCCCAAUGACUGCCGGUUGUGAUACAGCCUGGACUCGAACCAGGGUGUCUGUAGUGACGCCUCAAGCACUGUGUCUUAGACCACUGCGCCACUUGGGAGCCAAUAAGGACAUAACUUCAAUAGGCCUAAUUUGAAUUACCAUCAUUUUUUAGGCAAUGAUAAUAAUUGUAUUAGAAUGUAAUUUGGUUAUUUUGGAUUGUGAUAAUGAAUCAAAUAUAUUGUUGGCGCAAUUUAAUUUAAUAUUGAAAUAGUUCAAUGCUGCUCCAUAGGCGCUCCUGGGGUUAACCCAGGGGCUGAGGCAACAUCCGCAUCCACAGCUUGCCAUUCCCUCAAUCAUUAUAACCAUCGAUCCCUACAGCACUAAUUAAUACGUUCCAUCUGGUGUUUCUAGCAACCCUUGGGUCCAUAGCCCGUGAUGCACUAUAUACGGCUAUGGCCCCUCUCAAUGGCCUACACAGCACUAACAAUUAUUGCGCUCCAUAUCAAGCCCUUAAAGGCUUUUUAAUUGCAACCCAGUUUCUGAAUCAGUGCAUAUGGUUUCGUGCGUCCGCAAAGGGUUCAGCAACGCCGCAUUACCUUUCACUUAAAACCAUUCACUUAAAACCAUAGAUAGGGGGUCUAAAUGGCAUUUUACGCAGUCAUGCUUCAUAAACUCCGUUGUGCGUCUCCAGUGUAGCGGGGAUUAGACGCGGAUUAACAGUUUUCUUCCUUUUCAAACAACGAGCAAGUAUAAACACCUUUAAGCGAUAUUACAUGGACUGAUUUGUAUGGAAUUGGUUUACUUGAACUUUAUAGCAGGUGCUGAGUGCCCCAUUAAAGAUACUGGUGUAAGUGCUCUUGAAGAACUCAGUGCUGCCAUAUUCGUUUCUGUGUGUGUUUGACUGGCAUUUGUUCUAUUUCUUCUGUCAGAAGCAUGGUUAUUGAUGGCCUGCAAGGUUAGCUGAAAUAAAUUAUAGUGCUUUAUAACAUUACAGUUAUAACAUCGUAAUAAAUUGGACCUUUUAAGUCAUGGGCCUUAACUGCUGCCUUGCCCUCAGUUGAGGUCCUGGAGAGACGUGUAUUUCCAUGCGCCACGCGCGCUAAUUGAGUUCUGUUCCUCACUCCAUGAUAAUUGGUUUACACCCUGGCUCUCCUCUUUUCUUUCCACGAGGAGUGUUGUUUAAUGGAGCGACCACCGGUCUGCCAAAUGACCAGCAAACACAGGGAAAGUGGCAGCGGGAGACACGAGCUCUGAUGCUGUUUGUUAAUAUAGUAACCAGAGGAGAUCCGUUAAAUUGUGUUAAAUGAGCCAUUUGGGAUGGAUUUUAAAAGUCGCAGGUUCGGAAACUUUUGACAGAACACUAAAAGGUAUCCAACUAGGAGAGUGUUAGGUUAGGACGUGGUCUUUGAUCCCCCUCACAUUGUCAAGUUUCCAAGACAACCGCCUCCCAAUCUAAGUUGCUUAUCACCAGGGUCAGUCGAUGCGAGUAGGCCUGUAACAUCUGGCUAUCGAUUUCCCCCUCUAUCAAUCGCAUAUUGAUAAGAGAACUACGUUCAUAUAGGCUACACUGAAUGUACAACAUAUUUGCCCCCAGAACAGCCUCAAUUCGUUGGGGCAUGGACUCUACAAAGUGUCGAAAGCAUUCCACAGGGCUGCUGGCCCAUGUUGACUCCAAUGCUUCCCACAGUUGUGUCAAGUUGGCUGGAUGUCCUUUGGGUGGUGGACCAUUCUUGAUACACACGGAAAAUGUUGAGCGUUAAAAACCCAGCAGCGUUGCAGUUCUUGGCACACUCAAACUAGUGCACCCUCUGAAUGGCAGACAUACAUUUUCAUUUGUAGUCUUACCCAGCGCGACUUACAGGAACAAUUAGGGUUAAGUGCCUUGUUCAAGGGCACAUCGACAGAUUUUCAACCUAGUCAGCUCGGGGAUUCGGACAAGCGACCGUUUGGUUACUUUAACCUGUCUCCUCCCCUUCAUCUACACUGAUUGAAGUGGAUUUAAGAUGCGACAUCAAUAAGGGAGCAUAACUUUCACCUGGAUUCACCUGGUCAGUCUAUGUCAUGGAAAGAACAGGUGUUCCUAAUGUUUUGUACACUCAGUGUAACUGUUCAAUGGCUGACAUUGUUCGAUGGCAGUGACAUCCACAUACAGGCACUGCACUCCCAUCGUUUCUUCUUCUUUCCCACCAACAAAGCCAAAGCAAGCCGUGAUGAUGCUGACAUUCUGAAGACACGUUCUGUUUGCGUUUCUCACCGUGAUUGGUCUCGCAGGCCACAAUCUCUCUGAUAAGGUGUUCGGUAGCAUUAACCCCUGUCUGCGCGCAGAGAUAGGACCCGCGGAUUCCCCCGUUCGCCUGUCGGUCGCUGCAUUAGGACCACCCGGCGGCAGGUGGGUCUCAGAUACCCGCGCCAAACAGUGCAGUGUUUACCGAGGGCAUUGAUUUGCGCACGGUACAUUCUGUUCAAUCAUUAUCGGACUGCGGGGCAGAGAAUACAGACACAAAUAGAAACUAAGUCGCGAACUUUUCCGUUUUGUGUAAACAGUGAGACCAAUGGCUUAGGUGCAACAGGGUCACAUGGUAAUGACACACCUGUCCAGGGCCUAUAGCGGCGCCAGGCGCACGAGCAGCACAGGUAGAGCAGAGCACAAGGUUCCACGCUGCGUAGGCUAUAGGGCGCAGGUACGUGUGCACACACACCCGUUGGAUAGCCCUGGCCCUCGACAGUCAUGAAUCGAGAAGAGCACUACUAUUCUCCCGCGCAGCUGUUCAAGGACUCCUGCGCCUACCAGAGACCACACAGCGAGGACUACAGCCACAGCCCUCCGCCCUGCCUCUACAUGGCCCGGCAGGCUCAGUCCGUCUACUCCUCGCCCUCCAUCGGAGGGCUAGACCAGGCGUGUCUCCCUGACAUUGCUCCGUACAGUAUUCCCAUGCGAGAGGACCCGGGUGUGCCGCAGCUCCACCACCCCCAGGCGCCCCAGCAGACUCUCCAGCCAGGGCCAGGGGGUUACGAAUACCCGGGGGGGUUGGCUCUGUGUGCCGAUAGGAACAAAUAUCACCUGCCUUUCCCCUGGAUGAAAACCACCAAGUCUCACGCGCACACCUGGAAGGGACAGUGGGCAGGCCCCUACAUGGUGGAGGCGGAGGAGAACAAGCGGACAAGGACGGCCUACACGCGAGCCCAGCUCCUGGAGCUGGAGAAGGAGUUCCUGUUCAACAAGUACAUCAGCAGGCCGCGGCGUGUCGAGCUGGCCCUCACCCUCAGCCUCACAGAGAGACACAUCAAGAUCUGGUUCCAGAACCGACGGAUGAAGUGGAAAAAGGAGGAGGACAAGAAGAGAGUGAGGGGGGUCGACCCCGAGCAGGACUCGUCCAUUACGUCAGGAGACUUGAACGAUGAGGCAGGGGUGGGAGUCGGGGGGGCAGGACAUCCCACCACCACGACACCCCCCUCACCCUUACACGCCCAUUCCAUGUCAGGUUCUAGAGACUCGGCCUAGCAGGGCUGAUAUGGAUGGAUGAAAACUGGACAGACUCUCAGGAAAGGGGACGCUCUGAGGCUGCGUUAAGACAGGCAGACGAAUUCUGAUAUUUUUUCAGUAAUUGGUAUUUUGAUCAAUCAGCUCAGCUCUGAAAAAGACCUGACGUGCAAAGAUCUGAUGUGAUGUGACUGAUGUGACCAAUUAGUGCAAAAAAAUAUCAGAAUUCGGCUGCCUGUGUGAUCGCAGCCUCGUUCAAACAGACUCGGUUGGUAUUAUUCAUGUACAUUAUCGGCGGUGACAGAUUGAAGCGAGGUGAAAGGCGAGGACUGCAGGUUCAUUGUCUGCGAUAUCAUCAUUCUGCGACUGAACUUUAACCUCAUGUUGUCGUGCUGAGGACAUGCGGGUCAUGCACUGAUGAUGAUAGUUGGCAUUGGACAUACGUGUACAGACCCACUGCUCUGGUCUGCAGCCUCUCGUUGCGUUGCCAGAAGAGGGCAGCACCCACUGCCUGGAGAGACAGUUGUGAGACAGACCACACAACUCUGUUGAGAGCUACGUCGGGCAUCUAGCUACUUUGAUUGCUUUACUAAAAUCAAUGCACUUCAGAUACUUUCUCUGAAAAUGUUGGCAGUGUACAACCACGUUUAAUUUAUGUAUGUAAAUAUAUGCAGUCUAUGCACGGGACAUGAUUCUGUCAAUAUUGCCAAUACUGACGCAUUUUCUGAUAAGUUGUUAUAUGACAGAAAUUAGUCAAUCACACCAAUUAUAUAGCCUAUUUAUGUACUUAAUGUUAUCACAUCAUUGAUGUCUUAAUGAUAGGCACUGUGAAUAAUGUACUGUAUUUUGAAUUCUUUAUUAAGCUAUAAAGUUCAAGUUUGAAAUCAGAAUAAAGUAAAAUGAAACAUCUGCAGUUAUUUAAUUACUUGGUACAUUGUACAAUUACGCCUUUACCCACAACAAUAAUGCUGACAUUAUUAUCCACUAUUCAAGCACAUUCAACACAGCAGGCAAACCACACGAAACCGUAAGUCAUCACGUCAGUCAGUCGUGGGGCGUGUUUGACAUUGCAGCCGACAGUGCAGGCGACUGACGACUGACUGAUUUACAAAUCCCCUUGCAUCAUAAAUAACGACUAAUUAUUUUUGUAGUCAAUCACAAUUUACCAAUGGUGUAAAGUACUUAAGUAAUACUUUUAAAUAUUUGUACUUAAGUUGUUUUUGGGUUAUCUGUACUGUAAUUUACUAUGUAUAUGCUUCACAACUUUUACUCUUACUACACUACAUUCCUAAUGAAAAUGAUGUACUUACUGAGCCAUACAUUUUCCCUGACACCCAAAAGUACUCGUUACAUUUGGAAUGAUCAACAGGACAGGAAAAUGGUUCAAUUCACGCGCUUCUCAAAACAACAUCCAUUGUCAUCCCUACUGCCUCUGAUCUGGCAGACUCACUAAACACUAAUGUUUACUUUGUAAAUUAUGUCUGAGUGUUGGAGUGUGCCCCUGACGAUCCACAAACAAAACAUAUAUAUAUAUAUAUUUUUUUAUCGUGCCAUUGGCUUGCCCAAUAUGAGGAAUUUGAAAGUAUUUAUACUUUUGAUACAUAAGUAUAUUUUAGCAAUUAAAUUUACUUUUGAUACUUCAAUGUAUUUCAAACGAAAUACUUUUACUCAAUUAGUAUUUUAAUGAGUGACUUUUUUUUAAUGAGUGACUCACUUUUACUUGAGAAAUUUUAUUUUAAGGCAUCUUUACUUUUACUCAAGCAUGACAAUUGGAUACUUUUUCCAACACUGCAAUUGACCUAUGAUACAUUACAGUUUUGAUGUUCUCAAACACGGCCAUAGUUUGUUGGGUAUGUCCGAGACCAAGAGCACC